AUGUCUGAGCACGACGCACUUCCACAGAAAGUAAUCAAUGUAAUGAUGGUGCUAUUCUGUUUUUGUAUACUAUUGAUUUAUGUACCAGUCAGCUUCAGCACUUCAUCAGAUAAUGAUAUCCACCACACAUUAUUUGGAAAAUUGGGAACCUUUCAAGAUCUUUUCAUUAACGGAACAUUUAAUGAAGGCAUAAAUACCAGAAGGAAGGAAGACGAUGUUGACUAUGAUGUUGAAACCUACGAUAUAAAACUGCCAGACAUAUUCAAAUUCCUAGAUGUGGGCGCUGAGAACCAAACUUUUGAUAUUUAUGACUACAAUCUCGUUAACGAACAAUAUAAUAACUUUACACAACAAUUCCACAAUAGAACUAGGCGGCUCUCGUUUUAUGAGAAAGAUGAUAUUCUAUCAAAUGAUGUCAUAGAACACCACAAGAAUAGUCGGUUGAUGAGUAUUCUGAUUCAGUUUAUACUGCACUCUAAGUAUGAGGUGGGGAAGGCACUGACGCAGCGGGAAGUGAUCAGGGCUGAUAAGCGAUAUAAGCUGGGGUACCUGUUCAAUAGACUGCGUCGUUUGAAGACCGAGAUGUUUAAGACGGUGGGCGUGGCUUACAACGAGAAAAAAGUAGCAGGAAAGUUCUUCACCGUACUAAGCCUGAUGCGCAGCUACGAAAGAAUAGUCCACUUUGACGUAGACAUAAGAGACACUUGCGAGCUAAUAAAACAAGUUUACGCUGUACGUAAACCUUACGACGUCUACGCUGCUGAAAAAAAGAAAGAAAAUUCAAGUGAAAAGUAA